AAUUCUCUCGCAUAACGACUAAAAAGAGAAAGUAAAUGGAGAGAGAUCUAUCUGAAAAAGGAAAGUAGAGAUUUUAUGCCGUCUGCCGUGAAAUUGAAAUAGGAAAGUAAUUUGCGGGUUGGAGGGAAAAUCGAAUGCCUGAAAAUUUCAAAUUCGGACAACCUCCGAAAGACAAGUUGUCACCAAACCAAAUCCCACGUUUUUGCUCAUUACUCUUUGGAACGUCAUAAGAUUAAAAAAAUUCGUUCUGCCCGAAGUUACUCAUUUCCCCUUCUCUUCCUUCUCCCUCUUCUCUCCUCAAUCUGUCUUCUUCUUCUUCUUCUUCUUCUUCGCCAGGGAAAAGUCAAUUUUUAGGGCUUCUCAUUUCAUAUCUUGUUUUUUUUUUUUGUUUAUUUAACUCGAGUGACGCAAGUGUCCGUACGAGACGAAUUGUUUCGGGGCGAGAGGGAAAUACGGGGAGAGGAGAAUCGGGCAUGUCGCAGAACGCUGUGAAUGUGGCUAGCGGAGGGGAGAAUGCUGGUUCCGGCUUCAAUUUACCGGAUGAAAUCCUGUCGGUGAUUCCGUCUGAUCCAUACGACCAGUUGGAUCUGGCUCGGAAGAUCACGUCCAUGGCGAUAGCCUCGAGGGUCUCGAAGCUGGAGGCCGACGCGGCUAGGAUGCGCCAGAUGAUCCACGAGAAGGAUCGCCUGAUAUAUGAGCUCGAGGAGAAGGCCUCUCAAUUUCAUCGGGCUUUUCAGGAGACUGAAUCGAGGUUGAAGAUGGUUCUGGAUGAGAAUAUGAAGCUCUUGAAGGAACGAGAUUCAUUGGCAAUGACUACGAAGAAGCUUGGCCGUGAUUUGACUAAGUUGGAGACCUUCAAAAGGCAACUAAUGCAGUCCCUGAGUGAUGACACUGCAACACCAGCUGAAACUGUUGACAUUGGGACUUGUGAUCAGUCUGUUCCCAAAGCCUAUCCGGACAAAGAUGAGAGUACAAAUGGCUCUGUACAUAAUUCUUACAAUGGCUCUAUAGACACAGGAAACCCAGUUGAUGAGGUCUCAAGGCAUACUGUGAGAAGAUUUUCAAUGACUCCGUAUAUCUCGCCCAGACUUACACCAUCUGCAACUCCAAAAAUUAUUUCCACCAGUGUAUCUCCUAGGGUUUAUUCUGCUGCUGGAUCUCCAAAAAGAAUUUCUGGUACAGCAUCUCCUACAAAAACACAAUAUGAAGGGCAGAAUGCACUAUUUUACCCAUCAAGCCAGCAGUCAUCAGCAGCAAAUUCCCCUCCUCGUGGGCGCCCACUUCCAGCACGCACUCCUCGUAUUGAUGGAAAGGAGUUCUUUCGUCAAGCAAGGAGUCGUCUAUCAUAUGAACAGUUUAGUGCAUUUUUAGCAAACAUCAAGGAACUGAAUGCUCAAAAGCAAACUCGAGAGGAAACUUUACGAAAAGCUGAGGAUAUAUUUGGGACAGAUAAUAAAGAUCUUUAUUUAUUGUUUCAAGGACUGCUUAACCGCAAUGUACACUAGAAUAUCUCCAGUUGAAGUGGUCAAGUAUUUGGUGUGGUAUGUAAAUAAUUUUGCUGCUUUGGCAUCAUCUGCAGUUAAUGAAUAUUGAUGGACAGUACUAACCUUUCUAGAUUUUGACAUACAAUGAAUUCAGCGGAUAUACUGUCCCUGUCAAAAUUGGUUGCCUCUUCCCUGUCCAAAGAAGAUAAAAGAAAUCAUUCUGAAGAAACCAAACUUGGUUUGUUUCUUCAUUUCCAUUUUCUUUUUGAGGGCCCUACAGGCUGAAAAGAGAUUUUUUCAUGUUCAUGUUUGAAUAAACAGUAGACAAUCAUAUAUAAUGUAAUUGAAGGUAA